AGAUCUGAGUAUAUGGUGAUCUUUUGAUUGCUAACUAAGAUACGACCUAGAGUUUGCUAGACGAAUAUUUCUAUCUUUUCAGGAUUUUAGAAUAGAUUUGGUGCUUGCUUGAAUGUUAUUAUAGGUGAUUAGUAUUUUCAUCCCCCAUUGUUGCUAGUAUUAAUUUCAAUUCCUUGAGAGUUAGUAUUACUUGGAUAGAUGGGAAAAAAUAACUUAUCAGGUUUGUCUUUGCUGAAAUUAAGCAUUAGAUCUCAUGAUGCCACUUCAUUGACUACUCAGUCACACAUCCUCAACUGCACAUCGAGGCAUAUGUUUACACACAUUUAAUUGACUUGAAAUUUUACAUAAACAUCUCAAUUGAAUACAUAUUUAGUCGAAUGAAUCUAAGUGAAAUUGUGCCUAACAUGAUUAUGUUUUUGUUUGUUCCCUUGGAUUCCAUACUAUCUUUUCUUAUUUCAUCGGGCCUAUUUUGCAUAAAGUUUUUAUCACAAUCAUGACAAUGCUUUGCUAUUUUUCUGUCUCAAGUGGUUAUAGAAGGCAUAUAUAUAUAUAUAUAUAUAUAUAUAUAAUGAUACAAAUGGCUUCAUCAUGAAGACAAAUGAUUGUUUUUUCCUCCCCCAUAUGCCUUCAUCAACAAUGUGUACCUAAUUAAUUAUUGUUAUCCUUGGAGAUAGUUUAAAGUAAAUACUCUCUUUGUUAAGGGGGUAAGUGAUGGUUAAGUAUUCGGUAAAAUCUUACCCGCAUCGAUCAUCGAUCGUCUGUAUAAUUUUUUCUAUACAUGUUUGCCCAUGUUAUGAUUUGAUAUGAAAACUCGAUAUGUAUGCUAAUUAGUUAUACAGAUUUUGAUCAACAUUUGCAGACAUGAUUUUUCCAUCAUAUUAAUAUGAGGAAAAUUACAACGUAAAAUACAUGAUUUUUCAUAUAGUCAAAUUCAACCCCAGAGUAGAGUCAAAUUUUUGAUUCCAAAAUAUAUAACAAUUGACAAAUAAAAGUAAACGAAAAAAUUAUAUGAUUGUUUUUUUAUAUUUUAAUCGAUCUCCUUAAUGAAAAUCCUGCGCUGGCUCCGCCCCAACACCAACCUCCACUUUCCCUAUUCAUGAGCUCUAAUUAGUUUACCCUUUUUUUUGGUCAAUAAAGGCUAUUUAGAGCCCCUCUCCACUCCAUAGAGAGAGAUCAUGAUUCAUCACAAAAAUUACAAAAAGAAAUGGCAAAACUUUUGAAGUUUAGAAUAUCUAAAGCUAUCUCUAACUCUUUUCAUUCAUGUCGUUCCAAGGACCCUUGUACACUUCCUCAACAUCCUGUCCCUUCAUUCUUACAAAAUACACAAUUCAUCACCGAUGAUCAUCUUCUGUUCGAAGAAAUGAUUCAACAAAAUAACGAGUCACAACUGAUAUCGACACAUCAUGAACAUUUCCCCAUAAUCACCUCACCCUCCUUCAAACACCACGUGUCGGUGACUCCGAUAACCGCCACCGGCCAAUGUAGCUCAAGGAAUGGAGAAGCAUUCAGUACUACAUCCGAUGACAGCCACACCAGUAGGUCACCUUCACAUGAAUUCAAGUGGAAAAAAGAAGAAGACAAGUGGCAACAUUUUAUCAAGACGAACUCUGACGAUGAUACAAAACAACAACCUCGUAGGAAAAUCUCUUACUCCUUUAGCUCUGACAAUUCAGACAACGAUAAGAUUUUAAUAGAGAUAAAGAAAAAAAUUAGUACUAGUAAAACAAAUUUUUUUAUGAUGAUGAGCACUACGUCCUCAUCAUCAUCAAUGGAUGAAAACGAGAUUAAUUUUACUAGUAAAAAAACUAAAUGGGAUUAUCAUGAGGAUAUCGAUAUUACAAAUGAAGAUGAAGAAAACGAGACUGAGACAUUCAUAUCUUCUUCUCGUAAAAGCCACGUGGAGUUUCCGGAUGAUUCAUCUUUGAAUUUUAGCCAUGAGUUUGAUACAAUUUACAAAAAUACCACUAGAAGGUGUCAAAAAAAGAUUGGCUAUAGCAAGAGAAGAGAUCAUGUCAAGAACACAAGAUCUAGAUCUUCAAGGGACAUGAACAAUAUUGGUAGAAGGUCAUCAAUUUCGACGUCAACGACAUCAUCGGACGGCGAGUUACCUCCAAGAUUAUCGGUGUUCAAGAAGUUGAUACCUUGUAACGUGGAGGGGAAAGUAAAGGAGAGUUUUGCUAUAGUGAAGAAAUCAGAGGACCCAUAUGAAGAUUUUAAAAGCUCUAUGAUGGAAAUGAUUUUAGAGAAAAAAAUAUUUGAGAAAAAUGAUUUGGAGCAACUUUUGCAAUGUUUUUUGUCAUUAAAUGCUAAAAAUUGUCAUGGGGUGAUUGUUGAGGCUUUUUCUGAGAUUUGGGAGACAUUGUUUUCACCUAAUCAUAAUUAAUGUUAGUUGUUAGGAUAAUUUCAAGAAUUAGUACUCUAUUAGUUUAUUUUUAAUUGGUCUUUUAGAGAGUUAAUGUGUAUGGCUUUAGACUAAUAUAUAUUGUUUUAUCAUAUAUAUUAGUAAUAUGAUAAUGAUUGCAAUUUAUA